AUGCGCACCCGCUCCAAGCCGCUCUCCCCGAGCUCCUAUCUGUCGCUCGACGACAACCCCAUCACCCGCCGCCGCCGUACCACUCGAAGUGCCUCUGCCCAGCCACAGGAGCCACAGGUCUCCCAGCCUGCCGAGGCUGCCCCUGCUCCUAAGACCUCAAAGGCUCGUGGCCGAAAGAAGGGCUCUACCAAGGUUGCCAAGGGCAAAAAGCCCGGCCGUCCGUCAACCAGAGAAGCUGUUGAGAUCGAACACCAAGAUUCUGCAUUGACCGGAGAAUCUGCUGUCAAUGGUGGGCCGACAGGCCCAUGCCAGGACGCGGAAGCGGAAGCCGUAGAGCCCGCCGUCAACUCGUUUGAACAACCUACUUCCGUGCUCCCUUCUGUCGAAACAAACGACGACGACGAAAUACCCGAUACUGCCGCCAAUAGACCUGAGUAUUCUUUGCAGCGUGUACCUCGGCUUCGCCUCGUACCAGGGGCUCCCUGGUUCGCUGGGUUCGCUGCAGGUCGUGAUCCUGCGCCUGGACCUUUCAUAUUGCCCCAGGAAACCACUCACCGGGCGUCGGAACGAGGCUCAAGUUCCGACGGUUCUGAUAUUCAUCCGCUGGAGCUACAGCAUGAACCAUCCGGACUUGAGCCUCGUUCUGACGAGCAUGUGGCUCCUUUUGGCAGCCCACAUGUCUCGACCCACCGCGUGGUUCCUGGUCGUAAAGGUGUCAGAUCUUGUCUUUCUCGGGCCUUGCGAAAAGUUGCUUGUUUCUUCACACCUUCCCGUUGCCCUCGAAGCCCAGUUGCCGAGGAAGAAUUCGAAUGGCGAUAUUCCAAUCUGGACCAAAUGCUGAUCAAAGCUCCUUCCCGCACAGGUACAAAAUGGGGCCCCAUCGGACCCAAACGCCAAUUUCGCAAAGACAAACAACCAGCCUACCACAUUAUGAGCCCUUCGAAUAGUCCCUCGAAGCACAACCGGGUAGAAAAGGCCUUCAAGACUACCCCGAUCCGCCGAACCCGAUCAUCUUACGCCGCUAUCUCUCGUCGUCGUCGCACUGAGGCCAGCGGCCGUAUCGACCGGACUCUGUACCGCCUACCCGAGCUUUUGUCCCAGAAUGAAACUGAUGGAGACGUGGCUAUGACUGCUAACCCAACAACCCCCCCAGACCGCACAGAUGCUUUUACGACAGAGAACAUUCCGACAGCCGGUGCAGAGUCCCUUACAGAGAACCCACCUGCUUCUCCUGGUAUCGUGAGAUGGGCAUUUAAUAAUAUCUCUCGACGAUGGACGAAUAUUCGUGAUCGAUAUGCUGGCAAUCAGCCGACUGAGGCACAAAGCCCUGGUGCUCAAACGGCGAAUGCCAUGUUGUCUCCAUCUCCGUCAAAUUUGUCUGCUCCGCCGCAAACUGAUUUGAAACCCUCAAACCGUCAUGUACUCACCCCUAGACCGACUCGCUCAUACUCUCUUUACUCAAGCGGACUUGACCCCGAGCUCAAAGCCCGUUGCUACGGGAGGAAGGAUUCCAAACAGGAUUCCAAACAGGAUUCCAAAAAAGACUCUGACCAAAGCACAUCUGAAAAGCGUAAGCGUGAGGUGUCCCCGACUGAUAUUCCAAACCCGAAGGGAAGUAGCUACGGUAUGGACGAUGACUUUUUUGUCUUCACUGAGGAAGAGUAUGCCGAAGAGGAAAAGCGCCAGGCCGAGGAGCAAAAGCGCAAAGCCGAGGAGGAAGAACAUGUCGAAGCUGGUGCACCUUCCGCUAAAAAAAUCCGCGUUGAUCAACCAAAGUGGCCCAAUCGCCGUUCUACUCACCGUUCAUCCACGAAAGUUCGCGCUGGAGCUUCAUCACCUUCACAACAGCCUGGAUUCCAACCAAACCGCCGGCAUACAUAUGAAACAACCCCUCUGGAGACGAUCGAAUCCAGUCGUUUGCUAGAAGAGGCCGAGGCUCACGCCGAGGCCCAAACCGCCACAGAUUCGAAUGCUGUGCACCUGGAUCCCAGUUCCGAUACCGCUGUUCUUCACCUCCAUCCUCCCCCCCCAAGGAUUCCAGAGGGGAUUACUCGAGGUCCAGGUUUCGUCCCGAAUCCACAUGGAACAUUCGAAGUCCCCUACAGUUCUUCCCCUCCGUCUUCCCCCACAAGGAUUUCGCAGGAGAUCACUCGAGUUCCAGGUUUCUUCCCGAAUCCACACGGGACAUUUGAAGUGCCUUACAGCUCUUCAGAUAUUGAAAUGAUGGACGUCUCAGAUACUGACCUUCCUACUCAAGUCUCGAAUUCCGUGUCUCGUGACAUGACGAACUGGCCCACACAAGCCGAGCCCGCCGAGGCAAGGGAUCCCGGCCCCAGCAUUGUCAACGGUAUGUCCAACGCUUAUAUUUUUGCCAUGUGGAAUCGAAGGCGUCGCAGAGAGCGCGAAGAGCGCGAACACCCACCUAUGAGACGAGCCCCUGGAACGAUCAACAACCAAAGUGAAGAUCCUACCAACUCGACAUUGCUAGGUUCCUCUCAAAUUUCUGGUGAAGAUGAUCUUCUCCCCCUCUAUUACACGGGAGAAGGCAUCAGAAAUGCGACAGGCAACAAUGAAACCUCAAUCCCCCUUACGUCUGACCCUUUGGACGAAUCUCCAGACGUCGUUGUGAAUUUCAACCCAGACGGUACACUCGCUGAUGAUCAAGUUGCAGCCACAGUUUCCGACUCGGACGAUGAAUCGCCGUUGACCCGCGCUCGCACCAAGGCUGAACAAUUCAAACCGAAGACCCCGAGUCGUCUGCGUGAAGCUCACCGCUUCUCUUCCAGCAUGACUCGUACCUCGCCCUUUUCCCAGGCCGACAUUGCCCCUCCUGUUUUCGAUCGCCAAGAACCCGUUCCGCAGCCAGCAUCUGAUAACCAGCCAGCACCCGAGAACGAGCCAGCACCUGAGAGCUACCCAGAACCCGAGAACCCCCCCACGCUUUUUUGA